AUGAAUACUGCCACUGCUCCUAGUACUGGUACAAAUACUUCUUCUAAUGAUGCAGGUACUUCUAAUGAUACAGGUACUGCCGAGUCACCUCUUCUGUUGGCUGACGAUUUGAUUUGGAGUGGCCAGAUUCUUUCGUUGGUGGGUUUUGGGCAGUACGCUUUCGUGGGGGCUGUUAACAAGAAGAUGAAUCAACUGUACAAAGAGUACUGCAAAGUUGAACUCAACAAAAAUCAAAAAAAGGUGAAAGAUAAACGUGGACCAUUUUUUCCCAGUCGCUCUGCAGAAAUCACCGACACUCUUUACAGCAACACAUUCUGUAACCAACCAUGCGCAGAACUCUGGCUGGGGGACAAUUCCAGUGGCAACAAAACCCCUAAACAUGAAGAAGUUUGCAAUGCAAUUGCCAAAAUUGGAAAUAUCACUGUCAUGAAAUGGGCGCAGCAACAAGGAUUCCGAUGGAAUCGUUUAACAUGCGCUUUUGCUGCUCGAUAUGGCCAUUUGGAGUUGCUCCAAUGGUUAAGAGAGAAUGGUUGUGAAUGGAAUGAUAGCACAUGUGCUGAUGCUGCUGAAGGUGGACAUUUGGGUGUUUUGAAGUGGGCUCAUGAAAAUGGUUGUCCAUGGCGUGAAACAGCAUGUUCCGGGGCUGCUAAAGGUGGAGAAUUGGAAGUUUUGAAGUGGUUGCGUGCAAAUGGUUGUCCAUGGAAUGAGUGGACAUGUAUGGCUGCUGCUAGAGGUGGCCACUUGGAAGUUUUAAAGUGGGCUCAUGUAAAUGGUUGUCCAUGGAACAAAUGCACAUGCAACUAUGCUGCUGAAAAUGGACAUCUGGAAGUUUUAGAGUGGGUUCGCGAAAAUGGUUGUCCAUGGGAUACUGGUACAUAUGCCAGUGCUGCUCGAAAUAACCAAUUGGAAAUUCUGAAGUGGUUGCAUGCAAAAGGCUGUCCAUGGGAUGUGUGGACAUGCACCUUUGCUGCUGAACAUGGCAAUUUGGAAAUUCUAAAGUGGGCUCGUGCAAAUGGUUGUCCAUGGGAUGCAUGGGCAUGUGCUGGUGCUUCUUCAAAUGGACAUUUGAAAUGCUCCAAUGGUUAA